GGUUAACUUGUGGAAAAAUAAAGAUAAUUAAAUGGAUUAUUUUUAUUGUUCUUAUGAUAAUAAAUUUAGAUAUUCUUUUAAACAUAACUUAUAGUCGACAACUGAAACAAAAAUCAAACAUACAGCUCCAGGAUUUCACGGAAACAACAACAAUACAGCCUUUUCCACAAAUGGUCAUGGAAAAUAGUGAAUAUUGUACAAAUCUUACAGAAGACAAAGAUAUAAUCAUGGAUCUUUUCGAAGAAAUUGAAAUAUCCGUGCUAUGCGACUACUUAAAAAAUGAGGUCAGUGCGAAAAAACCGAUUUUAUUAAAUAUCAGUGUCUCAGACAACACAUUAUACGCUCGCGUUCGAUUGCACAUCGAAAAAGGUGAUUGUACAAAUCAAACUAUUUUCACCAAAUGGGUAAAUUACAGUGUAGGUCUUGGAGUGAAUAAACUACGUUAUACAAUUGAUUCAUUUAAUUAUAAACAGUUACAUCUAAAUGAAGUGUAUGAGAAAGUUAAACAAACAAAUUAUACUGCUGUCAGUUCCAUGAAAUCUGUCAACUUUAAUAUUAUACGUUCAUUACCAAAUAUUUUAAUUGAUAAAUACUUAUUAAAAGUAUGCAUCAUGGAACAGAACUGUCUUCAUUGGAUAGACCGAUCUAGACCAUGUGGAUUACAAGACGUUCGAAAUUUAUUUAGACCGAAAGAUUAUCCAUUAAUAAGUAGAUGGAAUGAAGCAGGUGGCUGGUCAUUGUUUCAGUCAUAUAUUGAAACACUCUCUGAUGGAAACUGUUCACCGUCCCAAAACAAGAACGGCAAAGGAUUGCAGAUUAUACAUUCUGCAUGGUUUAUCCCUUGUAAGAGUUGUAAUCAUACAUCAAAUGACACAAACUGUGAUUGGUCAAACGCACUGUGGUAUGAACCUAAUGAUCCAAUCUACCCCUGUUUAUACAAUAAAAGAAGGAUUCAAAGUGAUAAAAGUCUAAUAACAACCUACGUAAGAAACCGUGUGCUUCUUUUUUUGGGCGAUUCAACUUUACGCGGUUUAAUGUAUUCCUUACUGUAUCGUGUAAAUAAAACACUAUGUCAUGUUCAAGAAACACAUGAACAAAUAACGCUGAUUAACAGUGCAACAAUAACUACACGAUUUACUUAUUUCCCAGAUUAUUCAAUAAAACCACAAUUAAAUAAUAAAAAUAAAAGAAAUUCAUUCAACAGUUUACUAAAAUCACUUUUUAUGUUUAACCAAACAUUCAAUGAAGCUUUGUUGUUCGUGGGUGGUGUACGAUGGCUAAAUUCAUAUCAUUUAAAGGCAAUACAAGUAUUUAUCGAUAAACAUUUCGAAAAUGAACUUUCUAAAGUUCUAGGAGAAGGCAGAGAUCUGUAAAGUCAUCCAAGUCAGAACUAGGAUGGCCAUCCACUGAUGGAAUAAUAUUGGGAACCAGUAACUCACCACAUGUCAGUGUGUGUAAUUGACUUUGGGCCGCACUUUGCAUGAAUAUACUGAUGAUACUACUUGGUUUUAGAAAUGGAUGCAGAAGAUUCUGUGCUUUGAGCUUGAAACCGAAUUGCUGAAAAACAGACAACUAGAUUAACUAUCUUUAAUAUUAGAAUGAAAUAUCAGAUGUUUCAAAAAAUAUUUACUCAUGGAAGGUUUACCAUAACUUCAACUUCGGACAUUUAAAUUUAUGAUGACUUUGAAAGUAUAUAUGUUGUUUUGUAAACUUCAACUCACCUGUUUAUUAAUUAUUAUAACGUACUACAAAUAAAUAUAAUUAAAUAUUUUUUAAUACUUUUGUUGUGAUUGCUGGGAGAUUUUUUACACUGGUCACAAUAUACAUGAACUAGACAUAUUACAUGACUAGUACAUUGUAUCAUUUCGACGAUAAAAAUCCAUAUACGAAUAAGAGAAACAAAAAAAGAUGAAGAAUCUUCCACAACAGCCCUUAAUAUUCCGAACGCAAAUCAAAAUUAUAGUAGAACAAUUCUGCUUGAAUGGAAGAACAUGACCUUAAGACACAUGAGAAAAAUAGUAAACUAAAAGCAAGAACAACCAGUCAGAUGACAGCAAUGGUCAGUGGGCGAAUAUGAAUUGAAAAAAAACACCAAAAACUUCUUGCAUAUCGUAACAAAAACAAAAAUUCUGAUCAUACGUGGAAACCCUAACAACCUUUAUGCACCACAUGCAACAAACUGAUAUUGCAAUUUAUUUAGAUAAUUGACUACACUUUCAACUAGGCUAAGACCAUUCGUUCAAUAGCUUCGUGACGCCAAUUACCAACAGAUUUUAG